AUGGCUCUGGAAAACUCAAAGUAUGCAAGUCCACUACAGAAGAAGUCAUCUUCGGUCACUUCCACGCCUUUCCUGUCACCUGUCGCCACGCCGAAAAGCGGCAGCACCUCCGCAGUUGGUUCAGAGCAGAACAAUUCCGCCGUCCAACUCGCCAUGGCCCAUGGAAACAGUCUCUAUGAUGAGGUGAACCAGCAUGCUGUGAAGCUGUCCACCGUCAUCUCGAGCACGAUUGCAAACACUCGCCGCUUGCUCAACCUCAUUCGAGAGGCAUCUCCUGAUACGAGCAAUGCCACCGUCGAGGCCCUGUGGGAUGAAUUGGAAAAGCUCUACACUGCAAUGAACGAUGCAAAGGCAGCACUGCCCACGUUUCUGGAUAAGCAGCGUAACAAUAUCAGCCUGUACCACACUGCCAUGAUGAAUCAGAUGAUCCAAGAUACGCAGCACGAGCUAAACAUUCAGCACAAGAAGGUUAACAUUCAACAUGAUCUAAUCCUCGAGCACCAUGAAGCAUUUCACGCAUACAAAGAGCAGACUGCCGCCAAAAUCAAAGACAUUGAGGCUCUGCAGGAACGUGUUUCGCGUCUCACGCUUGAAAAAGGCAAUCUCCGCACUGAAGUGGACAAGUACAUGCAGCUUCUCGAAAAAGAGCAUGCUGCUAAGGCUGAAGAUCUACGCAAGGCCGAUGCCAUGCAGAAGGAACUAGAAACUGUCGUAGCUUCUAACAAACAGCUUCUUGUAGAAGUCGAUGCGCUGCGGCAGAAACUCGAAGAGCAUCAGGGCAGGACAAAGGCCGAUCAAGAGUCUACCGAAGAGCUGAAGUUAAUUACUGGCCAACUCGCUGAAGAAAGGAAGACGACCGCAGCCCUUGUGACAAAAAUGACUGGUUUAGAAGAGAGUGAACGUAUCGCUCGACUUGAUGCCGACAAAGCCAACAAAGAGCACAAAACUCUGAGCGAGAAGUACAGCAACCAGGCAGCAGAGCAUGCAAAGGCUUUUGUGAAACUUCAAGAGCAAUCCAAAGAGAUCGACGGUUUGAAAAAUGACGUCGAACGCUUACAGAAGGAAAACACUGAGUUGAAGCAGCGCCUGGCCGAGCUUGCUGAUAUCGACCACCAAGUCAUUCAACUCGAUCAUUCAAACUCGAAGUUGUCAGGGCUCGUUAGCAGUCUUACCAGCCAGUUGAAGGCGGCUCAAGAUGAAGUGAGCAAUACCAGGCUUGAAAAGGAGGCAUUCUUCGAGAAGGUGGAGUCAUUGGGCAAGGGAGUCGAGCCCACUGAUUCCGAUACCGCUGGUCUCGUUCACAAACAGGCCGAGAGAAUCGCCGUUCUUGAAAACACGCUGGAAGAGUGGACCGACCUCGCCAAGCGCUCGUACAAGGAAUACAAGGACAUGCUUCCGACGUACAGGCAGGCCGAGCAGUAUCGCAAGGAUGCUCUCGACAGGGAGGAAACCAUCAAGGGUUUGCAGAAGGAGCUUAUUGCAGCCAAGGCUUCGCAGAACAACGGCGACACCACGUACUGGAAGAACAAGUAUGAGACUCUUCUGGCUACUGUUUCUACGUGA